AGUGGAACUGCACGUUACCUCAGAUUUGAAGACGUCAGCACCAUCGUCAUCGAACUGACGACAAACACCAUGAUGAAACCCUUCGUCGCUGCGAUUUUGUGUGCGGCAAGCGCCGUGGCUGGGGACAUUAUUGAGGAAAAACACAUCCCGCAACCUUAUAAAUUUGGGUACGAGUCCCAAGACGAAUGGGGAAAUGCACAAUCUCGUCAUGAGCAGGAUUUGGGCGACGGCGUGAAGACAGGUUCGUACGGAUACCGCGAUGCAUUGGGCAUUUUCCGUCACGUCAAUUACGUUGCUGAUCACGCCGGGUUCCGUGCUUGGGUGAAGACCAACGAACCGGGCACUGUUGACUCUGCCCCAGCCGCCGCUAAGAUCGAGAAGAACCCCGAAAUCAUUGUCAAGGCCGUGCCUACAGUCGCCGCACCUAAAGCUGUCAUUGCUCCGGUUGCCGCGUCACCGAUCGCCGUCUACGCUGUGACCCCCGCUGCGGUGGCGGUUUCUGCACCAGCACCCGUGGUCGUAUCUGCCCCAGUUUCAGCGCCAAUCAUUACGGCCAAAUCCAGAUUCGCAACGUAUGCAGCGCCUGCUCCGACCCUAAGAAUACCCGUUGAGUUCGGUGAAAAGCUGGCUCCUGGUCCCAUCGUGGCUGCGCCUAGAGUCGCCGCCGCGGCUGCCUACAGUGAUGGAACGGAGGCUGCGUCGGCGCCUCUUACCCUCGCGGCGUCGAGUGUUGCUUCCGCGCCAGCCGUUCAACCCGUGCCAGUGCGUAAACUCGUUGGUCCUUCGGCUGCCACCUUCGUCGCUCCCCUAGCACCCGUCGUUUCGAAACUGAUUUCGUCCCCGAAAAUUGCCACAGGCCCCAUUAUUUCUAGUGGCCUUCACACGGCAUCAUCUGAGGCCCUCGUGGUGGCCCCCGCACUCACGGCAGUCCCUCUGCUUUCCGUUCCGACAAAAAAGCGGCCCUACGAGAAAUUCGCUGAGACGUUCAGAAGGAGGAGACCGAUCAAGACCAUCGGUGAUAAAGAAAUCUACCUUCCACCCACGUUAGUUACCUCUGCUGGUGUUCCUGUUUACAAGGAUAAGUAAACAACAGCCAGAGCACACAAACGAUAUCCUAGGAUAAGUGAGAAAACGCAAUACUCUGAAACGCCUAGAAAAAUAAAAUUAUCGUUAGAUAAUAGUCCUACGGGAAUUACAAAUCACAAGGAAAAACCCAAAAUUUCACUAUAAAUCAUGUGGAUGAAUUGUACGUGUAGGCGGGGCGUUGCCUUAUCAUCACACAGCGGCCGAAGAACUUGAAUGCUAAACAGUAAAUAAACAACUUCCUACUUUUUCUUACUUGAGUUAUCUCAAGUAGGCCAGCAAUUAAAUCAUCAUUUCUGCAGACUACAGCUUCCAAUGUCAAACAUUGGAAGAUUCCCGUCGUCUUAGCAUUGUGCCGUGGCUAAAACCGAUAAAGAAAUGCGAUGCACAAGAGUAACUGUCCACUAUUAGAAACUUAAGAAAAAACUUGUCCAUCGUCAGCUUUUUAGUUGACACAAACAGACCCGCAAAUACGAUGAACGAUAUAAGCCAGCGACUGCAACAACAACAACACCCAUAACUAAUCUGUGAGAUGAAUCACUUUAAUCGCUAAAAAUUAUUAAGCACCAACGGCAUAUCAUAACAAUGUCAUUAAUACACCGAAACGCUCACAAACCGUACCGAGGAGCACACUUC